CUUGAUGUUAUUUCGAGAUAUCUCCCAAUCAGCCUCGCUCCAGUAGUAACUGACCGUCUCUGUGCCACAUCACGUACGGAUUCCGCAUACCCAGGGGCCUCAACCAAAGGAGAAAUCGGCCGGGCUCUGGUCGCCCUACGCCUGGGACGUUGCCAUAUAAGAAACACUGUCUUCUCUAGUUGCACGAGAGAAACGCCAUUGCAAGAGACCAAACUCCAAGUGCUUCUGUCUUCUUUCCAACAUCCUUUCAUAUCUAGUCUAUCAAGAUGAUGCGUGUGGCUGUUGCGGGGGGCGGAGGACUGGGGUACUUGCUAGCUACCGGCAUCUCGCAAGCGGACAAUGCAUACAAUGUCAUUGUCCUUUCCAGAACGCAACGGACCGAGUACGUGGCGCACGACAUUCAGGUGCACCCCGUCAACUACUACAGCCACGAGAGCCUCAGCUACGCGCUGCGGGGCGUCGACCUGGUCAUUUCGACAAUCUCCGGACCGGAGCAGAUCAAUCUGAUCAUGGCCGCCGGCGAGGGCGAGGUGCGGCACUUUAUUCCCUCCGAGUUCGAGGGGCCCCUCGCACAGCGACCGACACAGGAUGCCAUGGAUCGCGGCUCCGCCCAGGCUCUCGCCAUGCUGCAGCAUCUGCACAGCAAGAAGCGUCUGGAUUACACCGUCUUCUCGUGCGGUGUCUUUAUGGAACGGUUCCUGCCGCAUGGUCUUGCCACGCUCAACAUUGGGUACGGCGAGGGCGUUGCUGGUGCUGGCAGUUAUCUGUGCGACAUGACCAACAUGACAGCUGAGUACCCCGUGAGUACCCAGAGGGGUCGCACGGUUCGCCUCUGUCUGACGUCGGUGCAUGACCUUGUCUGCUUCGUCAUUGCUGCCAUGGAUCUGGGUCCGAGAACGUGGCCCCGGGAGUUCACCAUGCGGGGCGAUCGUCUUUCGGUGCAGGAUGUGAUCAUGACAUGCAGCAGUGUCCGCAACGCGGCCUUUACGUACCAUCCCCUGGAGUACUCUGACCUGCCGCUGUACCAGGCCCAUUAUGCGGAGGAGGGCGACUACGAGAGGGCGGGAUACUACCAGCGCCUGCUUGCCACGGCAGAGGCACGAUACGACUUCUCACAGGCUUCGCUCAAUGCGAUUGUGAGUCGCAGCUCGUCUGUUAGUGUGUACCCUGCAACAUUCGCGCAGUGGCUGGCCAGCGUGUGGUAGACGUCCCAUGGAAGAGGCUCACUAUGACGGGGGCCAUGCCUUCAACCCCCUGAACGGCCAUCGCCAACCCCCCCCCCCUUUCAGUCACUUACCCUCUUGAGAAUAUGUUCACGACCCCCUGGGCGUCUCUUAUUCACCAAGCACAAUUUCUCGCUCGCAUGUCACG